AUGCGUAGUGAUUAUUGUGGAGAGAUCAAUGCGUCGAAGAUUGGUGCGGAGGUGGCAGUCUGUGGUUGGGUUCAUCGGCGCCGCGACCACGGAGGUGUGAUCUUUCUUGAUCUGCGCGAUCGAACCGGGAUUGUUCAGGUUGUUUACGAUCCAGAUACGGUAGAGAGUUUUGCGCUGGCUGAUAGUGUGCGCAAUGAAUAUGUUCUGCGUGCAAAAGGUCGUGUUCGCGCCCGCCCUGAAGGUACCGUUAAUCCCGAUAUGGCCACCGGCGAGAUUGAAAUCCUCGGUCUGGAACUGGAAAUUCUUAAUGUCGCACAAACUCCGCCGUUUCAAUUGGAUCAGCAUUCUGAGGCGGGUGAAGAUGUGCGCCUGCGUUAUCGAUAUAUGGAUCUGCGCCGGCCGGAGAUGCAGAAUCGGAUGCGCAUGCGUGCCGCGAUUGCGAGCCAAACACGCCGUUACCUCGAAGAAAACGGCUACUGGGAAGUCGAAACGCCAACUUUGUCUCGUGCAACACCUGAAGGUGCGCGGGACUAUCUGGUACCCAGCCGUACGCAUCCGGGUCAGUUCUUUGCUUUGCCACAGUCGCCACAGGUUUAUAAACAGCUGCUGAUGAUGUCCGGUAUGGACAAGUACUACCAGAUAGCCCGCUGUUAUCGUGAUGAAGACCUGCGCGCUGACCGGCAGCCGGAAUUUACACAGAUUGAUAUCGAAGCAUCGUUUAUCAGUCAGCAACAGGUUAUGGAAUUGACUGAAGGGCUGUUGUCUGGCUUGUUUUCAGAUCUGCUGGACAUCGACCUGGGCGAAUUCCCCGUACUCACCUGGGAUGAAGCGAUGCGUGAUUUUGGCAGUGAUCGGCCAGACCUGCGCAACCCUCUGCGCCUGACCGACAUUGCAGACCUGCUGCAGGAUGUUGAGUUUAAAGUUUUCAGCGGACCCGCUAACGAUGCGCAGGGACGCGUGGUUGCCCUGCGAGCGCCGGGGGCGGCUGCACUGCCGCGCAGGGUAAUUGAUGAACUCACAGAGUUUGUCGGACGGUAUGGGGCGAAGGGACUUGCGUACAUAAAAAUAAACGAUCUGACAGCGGGUUAUGACGGCUUACAGUCGCCGAUUCUGAAAUUUCUUCCUGAGGAGGUAACCGCUGCCAUUCUCGAGCGUGUUGGUGCUGAAGAUGGUGAUGUGGUCUUCUUUGGUGCGGAUCAGGCGAAAGUUGUGAACGACUCCAUGGGUGCGCUGCGUAACGAACUGGGUGAGCGCAUGGAUAUUAUCGCAUCGGGUUAUGCGCCCUGUUGGGUAGUCAACUUUCCAAUGUUUGCCGCAAAUAAAGACGGCACUCUGGGCGCGGAACAUCACCCCUUCACACAACCCACGUGCACGCCUGAGGAAUUGCUGGCGCAGCCGUUGCAGGCAUACGCUGCAGCAUAUGAUGUGGUGGUUAACGGUUCCGAAAUUGGUGGUGGUUCAUUGCGGAUACACGACCAGCAGAUGCAGGCAGCGGUAUUUAAAGCGCUGCAGAUGGGUCAGGAAGCCCAGGCCAAAUUUGGUUUUCUCCUUGAUGCGCUGCAGUAUGGCUGUCCGCCACACGGGGGCAUUGCGUUUGGUCUUGAUCGUCUGGUGAUGCUGAUGACUCAGACGGAAUCCAUUCGGGAUGUUAUUGCCUUUCCGAAAACCCAGACGGCAGCCUGUCUGAUGAUGUCAGCGCCCAAUGAGGUGUUGCAACCAAUAUGGCAGGUCACAGUAAAUGGGCGAACAUCAAACAUCGCAAAGCCGCCCAGGUUGCGUGCUGCUGUCGACAAGGCUCUGGCAGCAAAUAUGCCGAAGGACACCAUUGAGCGCGCCAUAGCGCGUGGUGCUGGUGACGGUGAAGGUAGUGACGUCGAAGAACUGGUCUACGAGGGAUACGGUCCCGGCGGUGUUGCCAUCUUAGUUGAGGCGAUGACCGACAAUAGAAAUCGUACCGUCGCAGAAGUACGCCAUGCGUUCAGCAAAGCAGGCGGUAAUCUGGGAACAGAUGGGUCUGUGGCUUACCUUUUUGCAAAACAAGGGAUCAUCAACUUUGCCCCGGGCUCGGACGAGGAGCAGGUGAUGGAGGUGGCACUGGAAGCGGGCGCUGAAGACAUCGAAGCAGAAGAAGAUGGUGCACUGUCUGUCACGACGCCCUGGGAAAACCUCUCUGAUGUGGUCACCGCGUUGACGCAAGCGGGGCUGUCGCCCGAUCAUAACGAAGUGACGAUGGUGGCUUCGACGACAACUGACUGUGAUGAAGAACUGGCUCAGAAAGUGCUGCGUUUGCUGGAUGCAUUGGAAGAGCUUGACGAUGUGCAGGAGGUGUACAGCAAUGUGGUCACCGGGUAUGGCUUGAUCAGGGUCCAGGGUCGCAACACAACUUAUUGUGCCAGCGGCUGUAUUCGCACGGCGGGAACCAACCUGCCAGCACGUCUGGGUCAAAUCUACACUGGUGUAAAAGAACUGAUCGAUCAGUAUCAGCCAGAUGAAUUUGCCAUCGAAAAUGUGUUUGUGGCGCGUAACCCUCAGUCAGCUUUAAAGCUUGGCCAGGCGCGAGGUGUGGCCAUUGCGGCAGCAGUAGCGGCGCAGUUGCCGGUUUAUGAAUACGCGGCGCGGCAGGUUAAGCUGGCCGUUGUCGGUACCGGUCGAGCUAACAAGGCCCAGGUGCAGCAUAUGGUACAAGCCCUUCUGCAACUCUCCGGCCUGCCUCAGGCAGAUGCCGCAGACGCGCUUGCCAUUGCAGUGAUCACAGGUAAGCUCAUCGAGCUGGAUGCAACACAUCUGCUGGUAGAUGUGGCAGGUGUUGCUUACGAGGUAGAGGUAUCUGCGAACGUACUGCAGGCUGCGCCGCAGACGGGAACGGCACUCACUCUGUUUACACACUUUGUCGUUCGUGAAGACGCACAGCUGCUGUUUGGAUUCGCCAAUAAGCAUGAACGUGACCUUUUUCGUGCGUUUAUCAAAAUAAACGGCGUAGGACCCAAGCUCGGGCUGGCGUUGAUUUCUGCCCUCGAUCCACACACGCUGGGUGUCGCCGUGCGGGAUAACAACGUAUCUGUAUUAACCAAAGUGCCGGGCGUAGGUCGUAAAACUGCGGAGCGGUUAAUGGUUGAAUUAAAAAGCAGAAUCGACCAGUUGACCCGGAAUGGCUCAAUGCCUGCGGCGGUGGUCAGCGCUGAUGGCGCCCUCACGCCACGCGCACACAGCCAGGUAGGCGAGGCAGAGGAUGCAUUGAUUGCGCUUGGCUAUCGGCCUACGGAAGCACAACGCGCAGUCGCGGCUGCCAGCCAACAGGCCACCCAGGAACAACCAAGUGCUGAAACUUUGGUGCGGCUCGCUCUGUGCGUCAUGAGCAUUGAGCCCGAUCGCCUCAUAUCUGGUCACUCUGAGCCUGGAGAAAAGCGCCACGACCAUGCUCUGCGUCCGAUCAGUCUGAGUGAAUAUAUCGGUCAGAGUGCGGUAAAAGAGCAGAUGGACAUCUUUAUCCGCGCUGCCAGAGGUCGGGGUGAAGCAUUGGAUCACACAUUGAUCUUCGGCCCUCCCGGGCUUGGCAAAACAACGCUGGCGAAUAUUAUUGCCAGGGAGAUGCACGGCACCAUCAAGUCCACCUCGGGACCGGUAUUGGAAAAACCGGGCGAUCUGGCGGCGAUGCUGACAAAUCUUGACGAAGGUGAUGUUUUAUUUGUGGAUGAGAUCCAUCGUUUGUCGCCGGUAGUAGAAGAGAUUCUGUAUCCGGCUAUGGAAGACUUUCAGCUGGAUAUAUUGAUUGGUGAAGGCCCUGCUGCACGCUCGCUGAAGUUGGAUCUGCCGCCAUUUACUCUGGUUGGCGCGACAACCAGGGCUGGUCUGUUGACCAGUCCGCUGCGCGAUCGUUUUGGUAUUGUGCAGCGCCUGGAAUUCUAUACUGUGGAAGAGUUAACGCAGAUAGUGACGCGCUCCGCGGCCAAACUUGAGCUGCAGACAGAUCUCGCAGGCGCAGCGGAAAUCGCUCGCCGAAGUCGCGGUACCCCCCGGAUCGCUAACCGAUUGCUGCGCCGAGUCAGGGAUUUUGCUCAGGUCAAAGGUAACGGCCUGGUCAGCGCCGAAAUUGCGGAUGACGCGCUCAACCUGUUGAAAGUGGAUAAACAGGGUUUUGAUCUGAUGGACCGUCGCCUGCUGUCUGCCAUCCUGGAUAAGUUUGGUGGUGGACCGGUCGGGCUGGAAUCAGUGGCCGCGGCGGUGAGUGAAGAGAAAGACACCAUCGAAGAUGUGAUUGGCGUUAUGGCGCUGCUGGUGCUGGCGUCCGUGGUGUCGUGGAUGAUGAUCUUCCAGCGUUGGUUUUUUCUCCGCCGCGCCCAGGCUGAAGUGGAAGAUUUUGAAGAACAUUUCUGGUCAGGUAUCGAUUUGCGCAAGUUUUUUGUUGAACUCGAGCGUGAAGACAGUCUGAACGGCAUUGAAAACAUUUUUGCUUCAGGGUUUCGCGAAUACACGCGCCUAUCUGAGCAGGCCGGGGUUGAUGCUGAAGCGAUUAUGCAGGGCGUUCAACGCUCCAUGCGGGUUGCGGUGAAUCGUGAGGAAGCGCGUCUUGAAACCCACUUACCCUUUCUCGCCACGGUAGGAUCCACCAGCCCUUACGUAGGUUUGUUUGGUACGGUCUGGGGCAUCAUGAAUUCUUUCCGCUCGCUGGCGAACAUGAGCCAGGCAACGUUGGCAUCCGUUGCGCCAGGCAUUUCUGAAGCCCUGGUGGCGACCGCGAUGGGUUUGUUUGCGGCUAUCCCCGCGGUGAUUGCCUACAACCGUUUUUCUGCCCGGGUAGAAAUUCUGAUGAAACGUUACGAAGCUUUUGCCGAUGAAGCGCCUUCGGAAAGCAUUGAUGAUUCAGUUGAAGAUCCGCUGGUGGUCUCAAUGCGUGCAGACGGUGCCAUUUUCAUGAACCUCGGCAUGCUCGACGCAGAUGAUGAAGGUACCCGGGUGACCGUCUUUUCUCUGGAAGAGCAGGUGUAUUGGUUACGCCAAUAUAGCGGCCCUUUUAUGCUCGCCCUUGGUCUGCAUGGCAUUGCUGCCUGGGCGCUUUACAGCGGCUGGACGCCGGAACAGAAGCAGCUCAAUGUGAUCCGCCCGCAAGCCGUUAUGGCAAAUCUUCUGGUGCUGGAACCCAAAGCAAGACCCGCGCCGGCACCCAUCAGCAAACCUGUUGCUCAGCCGACGCCAAUAGCCAAACCCAAGCCGGUAAGUCCGGCAAAAGAAGAUCCUGCUCUGGCGGAGAAGAAAAAAGCCGAGGCGUUGAAGGCUAAACAGGCGCAGGAAAAAGCCGAUCGUCUGGCGGAACAGGAGCGUGAGCGGCUGGAACGUCAGCAACGACUCAACGAUCUUGCACAGUCAUCCUUGGAGCAGGCCAUUUCAACUGAAUCUGCCAAUCUGCAGGCCGGUACGGCGGAAAUGGUGGCGCAGUCCUAUCAGCUGGGCAUCUACGAGCUGGUGCGGCAGAACUGGUCGCGGCCGCCCAGUGCACGUAAUGGCAUGUCGGCGAAACUUCUGGUUGAACUCAUUCCAACCGGCGAGGUCGUAGCGGUUAGCGUUGUUGAAUCUUCAGGCAGUACAGCGUUUGAUCGUUCAGCAGAGCAAGCGGUACGACGCGCCAGGCGUUUUGAGGUGCCACAGGACAACGCUAUUUUUGAAGAGAAUUUCCGUCAGUUUUACUUUUUGUUUCAACCAGAGGAUUUAUUGAGUCUGCUGGUCAGUAACGCGACAUUUGCUGCCGGCUCUCUCGAUACGAUCAUUAUCGAUCGUGGGGUUGAUGAGCCCAUUCGCGUGGCAAUCGUGCCGUUCAAAAUGGAUCCGAGUCUCAUGAGCGAGACAAACAUUGCUGAUAUUGUUGGUUUUGAUCUUGCCCGCAGUGGUCAGUUUGAUCCCCUUGCAUCGGAAAACAUGCUGUCCUACCCAAGCAGUCGCGCGACUGUGUUUUUCCGUGAUUGGCGUAUUCUGAAGUCUGCCUAUCUGGUGAUUGGUAACGCGCGUGUCGACGCCGAUGGCCGCGUUGCGGUCGAGUUCGAGUUGUACGAUGUGCUGGGUGAGCGUCUUAUGCUGAGCCGUCGCUACUCAGUGGCUCGCAGUCAGUGGCGCGACGUAUCACAUCAGAUUGCUGAUGCCAUUUAUGAAGAGGUCACCGGUAUUCGUGGCGCUUUCUCGACGAAAAUAAUGUACGUGCUGGCGCGUAAUGCUGGUAGUCCAGAUGCGGUUUACCAACUGGAAAUAGCGGAUUCGGAUGGCGAGCGAUCGCGUACGCUUUUCAGCUCACGGGAACCGAUCAUGUCUGCCAGUUGGGCACCGGAUGGCAAGCGUGUGGUCUAUGUAACUUUUGAGACAGGUCGUCCAAGCAUAGUCAUACAGGAUGUCGAUGGCCCUUAUAGAGAGCGGCUGACAAAUUUCCGCGGCAUUAACAGUGCGCCGGUGUUCUCGCCAGAUGGCCGACAACUGGCAAUGGUCUUGUCAAAAGAUGGUGAUCCGGAAAUUUUCAUUAUGGAUCUGGCUACCAAAUCUCUGCGUCAGAUCACCAGACAUCAUGCAAUUGAUACUGAACCGAGCUGGUCGCCGGAUGGCCGCAGCAUUAUUUUCACCUCUGUGUUGACGCAAACAGACUUAGAUGAGUCGCCAUCGCUUGCGCCAAAUGGCACGAUGCUCAUAUAUGCCACUCAGGAGAACUUGAUGCAGAUGCAAUCACCCCGCUUCCCCAGUUUGAUGCGUGGGGUGCAAGCGGAUCUGUCUAUCAGUCCCGAGCCUGAAAGCCGUGACGAUCGUCAGCUGAGCGAACUUUUCUAUCAACUGCAGGUGUUGCAGCAGGAGAUUCAGGACCUGCGUGGUCAGGUUGAAGAACAGACCUAUCUGGUUAAUCGCCUGCAACGCGAUCAGAAAGAGCAGUAUCUCGACCUGGAUCGUCGCGUCAUGGCGAUUACCGAAAAGCAGCCAGCGCCUGGACCGGUAACGUCCGCGCCAGAAUCAAUACCCUCAGGUAACAGUCCCACAAACCUGAGUGAAAGAGACGCCUACACACAAGCGUUUGAAGCCAUGCGCGCGCGCGACUUUGAUGCCUCUAUGGUGGGUUUUCAGCGUCUGAUUGAAACGUAUCCUAACGGCCAGUUUACGCCAAACGCAUAUUACUGGAUCGGCGAACUGCACCUUGUCGGUAACCUCGAGCCGGAGCUGGCACGCCAGGCAUUUGCGCAGGUUGUAAACCUUUACCCGGAUCAUCAGAAAGCACCUGACGCCCUGUAUAAGUUGGGUGUGGUGUACGACAAUCUGGGUGAUAAGCAAAGUGCAUUGGACUAUCUGCAGCGGGUCCAGCAGCAACACCCAAACAGUCCAGCAGCAGGCCUGGCGCAGAAAUACGCGGCAGAACUGCAGCGUUAA